GCCCCGCUCAGAAUCAUAUGCCCGUCGGCACAACUGAUCUCGGAGCUCACGACGAGACUGCCACACCGAGAGAACGUCGGUUGGAUAGGAAUUGCGGACGCACAACCCCUACGAGCCCUAGUAAACCAGCUGCGGCAAAGAUGCGCACCAACGAUACUAAGCAGACCAAGAAACCCAAAGGAGAACGAAUACGCAUACCAGAACAUAGCAAGAUCAAAGGAGCUAUUGCUCAAUGGAGACCCGUCCCCGGUAGAGCUGCAAAGCAACGCGACCUUCAACCUAUCAGGAGCCAAGAUAUCAACGUUAACCCAAGCACUAGCAUACAAAGGCAUAAGGUUGUCACAACCGGAGAAGCCAAGACAGCGGACGCAACAGAACAUCAAAGCGGUCCUAGAACGACUACAGGAGAAGGGAAUCUUCGACCAAGCCGAAGCUAUGGUCUGGCGAAGCAUCCGAAACCGCGACAUACACAAGAAAGUUACGGACUUCCUCUGGAAAGCCCUGCAUGGUACACAUCGGAUAGGGCACUUCUGGACAAACAUCCCAGGGCUCGAGGAGAGAGCC